CUACUGCUCCAAAUACACAUAAAUUAUCAGGCUUCGUAUCGGCAUCAUCGUUAUAUCAAGAAUCAUCUACUUUUAAUGAAUCAACUCAAAGAAAACAAUUACAUAAUGAAUCAGUACAAAUUAAUUUAUCACAGGAUGAAUCUAUUCAAGGACUUAAUGAACUCAUUCGUGAAUUUAAAAGUGAUGACCCAACGAUUAAGAAUUUUAAAAGCGAUGACCCAACGAUUAAGAAUUUUAAAAGCGAUGACCCAAGAAUUGAGAAUUUUAAAAGUGAUGACCCAACGAUUGAGAAUUUUAAAAGCAAUGACCCAACAAUUGAGAAUUUUAAAAGCGAUGACCUAACGAUUGAGAAUUUUAAAAGCGAUGACCCAACAAUUGAGAAUUUUAAAAGCGAUGACCCAAUGAUUGAGAAUUUUAAAAGCGAUGACCCAACGAUUGAGAAUUUUAAAAGCGAUGACCCAAUGAUUGAGAAUUUUAAAAGCAGAGAACUACUUGAAUUACUAGUCCCGGUGAUUGAGGAUUUUAAAAAUGAUAACCUACUUAAAUUACUGGCCCCAGUGAAUGAGAAUUUUAAAAGCGACGACCUACUUAAAUUACUAACUUCAUAA